AUGGCCGAACAUGAUGUAACUACCCCACAGGCCGCUAGAGAUGAGCCGCACAGGCCGCUCCGAUGCAGACCUCACACACCACGUAGCCGAACCCAUGAACACCCCUGGACUGCAAAUGUGGUAGGGGAGGGAAAGACGGCAGCCUACAACUCUGCCGCCUAUUCACGCUGCAAGCUCAAUACAUGCCCCAAUUGA